AUGGCAAGUAAAUUGUCAACUGAACUCGAUUUAUCAGUUAGGAAUAAGGUAUUGUGGCAGUUGCUGCCAAUUCAUCUAAAACAGAUUCUCAACAAUUCACAGAAAGAUUACGAAAAAUAUGUAUUCAAUUACUCGCUGAAAAAUCAAUUGCGUUAUCGUGGAAAUCUUGUUCACAAAAUAUUUCGCAAUGAAAUGAAGUACUAUGAGCUUCUCAUCGAUAAAAGUAUCGGAACCUACAAUUUGUUUCCUUAUCACUUGUCGGAUGUUGUUACAAAAGGUUUACGAAUAACACCAUUUAACUUCUACAUUGAAGUAUUGGCACAUCUUUUAAAGCUAGAUAAAAGCUACGAUACCUUACCAAAUUUUACUGCUGCUGACAUUUUAAGAGUACUUGGAAUUGGCCGUAAUGAAUAUUUGUUCAUAUUGAGUGAGAUGAAGACGAAGAAUACGUCCAAGUUGUUUAGAAAGCCAAAUCCUUAUCAAUUCCUGCCUAAGUUUCCAUCCAAAAUCACCAUUGACGAGUGGUGGCGCGUUGAAGUUGGACUUGUUUUAGAGAUUGAUAUCAAAUAUGUGAAUGACAAGGAACGAGCUGUGAUUGACGAUUUAAUAGACUUUGGAUCGCAAACGGCUGGCACGAUUGACUACAAUGUCGUGCAUAGCUUGUAUAGAAAAGGUCUUAUUUACUUAGAUGUUCCGAUUAGCGGUGAAGAUUUUAUCAGCAUUCCACCACUAAAAAAUUUCAUCAUGAAUCGUGUGACUGGCGAUUACUUUGAGAGUCUUUGCUACAAAAUUUUCAUGACUGCAGAUGAACACAUGAAAAUAUCUGAAUUAGCUCACCUCAAUCAAAUUGAUUUAGACACGGUAAAGCAUGUAAUUUCACUAUUUGUACGUUUGGGAUUUGCUCGAGUGAAAAAUACUAAAGAAGUUCAAAAUGUGCACGAAUCGUGGCGAAAUAGGACACUGGAGGAUGUUGAAAGACUUCAAAUCACGCCACUGAAUUAUCAUGCACUAUUGUUGGAUAAAGAUAAUGAAGGUUUCAUUAAUCCAGACUUUACCGCAAGUAUUAAUAAUCCACAAAGUUCAAAUAAGGCACCAAACAGUGACGGUGGAACAUCGUCUGAUGGAAAUACAAGUGACUUUUCAUUCCUAAACAAUCGAAAGAGUUCCCCAGACAGUUCAAAUGAAAUCAGUUCCGAAAUUGAGGAUUUGAGUGAGAAACCAGCUGAAAAAUCGCCACAAAUACAUGAAAAACGAAUUGGAUUUCUUUUUGACUCGACUUUAACAGCCUUUUUGAUGAUGGGCAAUUUAAGUCCAGGUUUGAAGAAUCAUGCAGUCACGAUGUUUGAAGUUGGAAAGUUGUGUGAGGAAAGUAUGGAUACAUUCUUAACAGAACUCGAAAAAGUGUCAUUAUUGGAUGCAGAAGGUGAAGGCGAAGUAUCAAGAUAUUUUGCACAUGCUGUUAUCCUUAGAUCGACUAUAAUUGCACUUCGAAGGCGAUUCUCAACGAUGGACUUAAUUAGAGUUGAAUGUCUUGAAAAUUUAGACCAAAAAACACGCGAUAGGAUGCUGGAAAAGAAGUACAAGUUCAUUAUAGCUGCUGCACCACUGACGAUAACAAAUUCAUUAAACGAAAUGUUUUCAAUUCCAUUUUAUGGUCAAUUUUAUAGAAGUUCUGAACAUUCUCAUUUCUGGUCAAGACUAUUCUACUAUCAUAUCUCAGGAUUCGGACCACCAACAUUGCUCCUUGUCAAAGGAACCGUCCUAAAAAAUUUGCCACGUUUAUUUUUGGGCUAUGGCAAGCUGCUCAUUACAAUUGUUCAAUCUGAUUCUUAUGUUAUUAAUUCGGAGAGUUUUAAAUCCUUAAAUGAUCAAUUAAGGCAGAAUCAUGUGCUUGUACAAGGCUAUGGAAUUAGACAGCCUGGUGAAGUUUGUUAUGAAGCGUUUCCAGUUGAUAAGACAUCACCAAGUCGAGGACAAAAGGAGAAAUCGAAGAAUCAAAAGUCUAUUGAUAAAUUAAUGGAUGUACUUAAUCUUAAAGACGUUUGUGGAUAUAUAACAUUCUUAAAGACAGGCGUACCAGAUCUUGGAUGUGAGGAAUUCGACAUUGACGUGUGCCUGCAAAGGCCAAAAGCUAAAAAGCCAGGAAAAGUUGUAGCCGUUGAAUCAACGCGACCCAAUACAUUACCAACAAUUUCUAAAGAUAUCUCAUUACAAGAUUUCCAAUCGCCAUUAGACAGUACAGACAUUAUUAUGCAAUUAAGCAGUAAGACAAUUAUUGAUGGAUCUUUGUCGAUGCUCAAGUCACCAGAUGAGAAUCAUUUUGCCUCGACACCUAAAAAUACAUCGCCAUCAAAUGUUUAUCGAAGUGCUGACUGUAAUGAUGUGUUAAAGAGUGAAUUAGCGGAAUUAAAUAAGAGUGAUAAUAAAAAAUUAGAUGACGACGAAAAAUUCAUUCCAAGACAUAUGGUGUCACAGAGCUCUAUUGAAAUUGAACUAGUUGAUGACGAUAGUCGUGAGAAGUUGGACGAUGUGAAGGAAGAGACGAGUGAAUAUUUGGGAGAGGAAUGGACAGUUCUUGAUAUUAACUUUGGUAUUCCGUUGUUCGAUGUGGAUGUCAACACGAACAUUUGCCAAUAUUUUGUAAAACAUCUGGCAACAAACGAUAAUCUUUCAAAAGUUCAACAUAUUAAUGCUGAUAUGAAUGAUAAAUUUAUGAAAUUCAUCACUCAAUGCAUGUACUUUGACGAUGAGAAUGUGCGAAAUAUAAGAAUUAGUAAAUUAAUUCCGGCACCAAGAAUUAAUUUGGCAUUUGAGAACGGAAAAAUUGUUUACUGGAAUGGAAAAUAA